AUGGCAUGGAAAAAUAUAACAGAUUAUUACAAUCACAUAAGGCGCCGUAAUGAUCGUGCUUCGAUUACCGGCAUAAGGAUGCCCGACUCCAAAUGGCAGUUCUAUAACAUGUUGCAUUUCACGAAACAAUACAAACCUUUAAGAAGACGGAGAAUAGAUGGACUGCAUCAAUCCGUUAAGAGUGAACGUGAUGUGAAAUUAGAGGACGACGAAGAGGAUGAACNAGAACAGUCAGGCGACAGUUUCACAUCACAGAAACGAUCUCAAAGUAUGUUAUUGUCUACGAAUAACAACAAAAAUGAUGCGAUUGCAUCGUUCGGUUAG